AUGUCUUUAAAAGAAAUACGAAAUUUGUCAGUUCUAAUGCGAACUUUGGGUUAUCCUCGUCCUAUUUCUUCAGAGCACUUUACCGCCCCAAAUUUCCCUCUUGUCGCUGAAAUACUCUAUUGGCUUUCUCAAUGCUUGGAUUCCAACUUUGAUAUAUCAAGGUGCAUUGAUUCAGAACAAGAACGAAUCACUUUCAUUAACUCUAUAGUGCAAUUUUUUUCUAAUAAAACAUCCACGAAACUAAAUCCUAAAAGACUUUAUGAAGGAAAUGUACAUUCAGUAAAGGAGAUAUUAAAAUUGGCCAAGGUACUCUACUCUGCUCUCAAAUUGAAUAAAGCAGUGGAUACUGGUAAUGAUGGGGAUCUGAUUUUGUCGGAAGCGCUUAAACAACCCCAGCUUAUUCGUUCCUUAGCUGGUCAGUUAACUUCUUUAGGCUCCUCAUUAAAAUCCCUUGUGUCCAAAGAGACUGAUUUUCGUAAAAGUCGAAAAGAAGCUAUUGAACGACAUCUUGAUGUUGAGUGGGUUGAAAAGUGUCUCAAUGAUGCCACUGAUAUUAUUUUGGGAGAAGUUUCGAAUUUAGAAAAGGAUCUCUCUAAUAUCAAGGAAGAUGAAAAAGCCCUUGACGAAAAAAUAGAAAAGCGACGACAUGAAUUAGGAAGAAAUAAAAUACGCCUUUCCACUCUUAAAUCUGUUCGUCCUACUUAUAUGGAUGAAUAUGAACAAUUGGAGGAAGAGCUGAAAAUUCAUUACGAAACUUAUUUGGAUCAUUUUCGUAAUAUUUCUUAUUUGGAAAGUUUAAGAGAAGAAAACUCUUUGUCUGAUGAUGUGGGUGAAAAUAAUGUGGAUACCAUUAACAAAUCUACUGCUGGAGAGGGAGUAGGUGAACUGUUGCCAAAUAUCGACACUAAUUUCAGUAGAAAUGCCUUUUAUGUGAAAAAUCGAUCAGUUUCACUUCGGAAUUUUGAAGAUAAUAAAUCAGAAAGUAACUCCAUUUCCGAUCGGACAGAACCAGAAGAUUCAAUCACCAACGACGGUGAAGCCUACAACAGACAUGACUAUAGUUUUUCUGAAGAUUACGAUUUCGUUAAAGGUUUGAGUGUGGUUGGACAUGGCUACAGGAUGGAUGGUGAUUGGACUCCAGGCAAAUCUGGAGAUAAGGAUGAGGUCAUUUCAUGCAUUGCAUUUACAAGAGACGGAGAGAUAAGUCACUAUGAUAUUGAAGAAGCCUUUGCAGAAGUUCUAGCUGAAACAAAUAAACUUGCGGAGGAAAUUGAAAAUGAGCAGAAAGCUAAUCGAAUGAUAACGAAUCUGAAUACCCAGAGUCUGGAUGAGCUCUCGACACUAGAAUAA